AAGUUGUUUUGGAACGUCAACGGGGAAGAAGACGCACAGACACAAAAAUAACGGAAGUGGUUUGUGAUUGAUUUUUGUGCGACGAUUCUGACUUUAAAAAUCGGAAUUGUCUACAAAGUCACUAUGAAUCUGGAACGACUUCCUAACGAGGAGAAACUCAGCCUGUGUAGGAAGUAUUAUUUGGGUGGCUUUGCAUUCCUCCCAUUUCUUUGGCUGGUUAAUGUUGUUUGGUUUUUCCGAGAAGCCUUUGUAAAACCAGACUAUAGUGAACAACUCCAGAUUAAAACAUAUGUGAAGCGCUCUGCACUGGGCUUGCUGUUUUGGAUUGUGGUUCUCGCCACAUGGAUUACCAUCUUCCAACACUACAGGGCACAAUGGGGGGCAGCAGGGGACUAUCUCUCAUUUACAAUCCCUUUGGGCAUUCCUUGAGACCAUUUUCUAGCAGGUCUUCUCAAAAUACAUGAUGAUCCUUUGGACCAGAUAAUAGCCAUUCUGUGGAGAAUUUUGUUGGUUGUGUGAUUUAAAUUUAACAGCUAACAAACAUGCAAUCUAAAAGAAAAUGCUGGAAAAUACUUUUUUGUGCUUGACAGGAGUCAAGCUGUUUAAACUUGUACAACAGACACUAAAUUGCAAGAUUGUUCAGAACAUCUAACAAUGACUGCAAUUUUUGUUGAUUUCAAUUGUCUUUCGAGUGUGAAAUAAAUAACCAUACAUUUUCCCCUG